CUCCAAACGGCGCGAGAAGUCACAUUUGUCUUACCUUUAAUUUUGUGAGACUUAUCACUUUAUUCUUCGUUGUUGAGCUGGAGACACCGCCUUUCCUGUCCCUCGGCUUCCUCCAGCCGUCUGCGGAAAGUUUGACACCUUCAAGGGUUCACCAACAUUAUUUUGUGGACGACAGCUAGAGAAAGCGGUCUGUUCACCCGUAGCGUGCAGAUUUCUUCGGCCACUAGUGCUGUCUUGUGAAACUAAACCAUGGGGAAGCAGAACAGUAAGCUCCGCCCUGAGGUGAUGCAGGACCUGCUAGAAAGCACGGACUUUACAGAGCACGAGAUCCAGGAAUGGUACAAGGGCUUUCUUAGGGACUGUCCCAGCGGCAACCUAUCCAUGGAGGAGUUUAAGAAAAUCUACGGAAACUUCUUCCCUUACGGAGACGCCUCCAAGUUCGCAGAGCACGUGUUUCGCACUUUCGAUGCGAACGGCGACGGCACGAUAGACUUUCGGGAGUUCAUCAUUGCGCUGAGCGUCACGUCACGAGGAAAGCUGGAACAAAAGCUUAAGUGGGCCUUCAGCAUGUACGAUUUGGAUGGUAACGGUUACAUCAGCAAGUCAGAGAUGCUUGAGAUUGUGCAGGCGAUUUAUAAGAUGGUAUCAUCUGUGAUGAAGAUGCCAGACGAUGAGUCUACGCCUGAGAAGAGAACAGAGAAGAUCUUCAGACAGAUGGACACCAACCGGGAUGGGAAACUGUCUCUGGAGGAGUUCAUCAAAGGGGCAAAGAGCGACCCAUCCAUCGUGCGUCUGCUACAGUGUGACCCCAGCAGUGCAGGACAGUUCUGAGAUCCGUGUCACAUGUGUCGACCUUUUAUUUAUUUAUGGGUUUUAAUUUACUUUUAAUAUAGUCACUCCUCCCACUCGCAGGGACAUGAUGGAGGGUCAGUUUUUCCAUAGUAGGGCAUCUGGGUCCCAUCAGACUGAGCUUGGCCAGAUGUAGACACACACACAGAGUUAUUGGCUGUGUUAUCCCUUUAGGGAUAUACACCAGGUCAACAGGAACCCUGUGAUGGAGUGAAUUAUGGUAACUAAAGCAUCUAUCUGAGCUCAGAUCACUUCCUGAUUAGAAAACAGACUUUGUGUCAUGUUAAGUACAUGGUCUGUAAUCAUUUAUGAUUUAAAAAAUGUGUUUUUAUUUUUAAAAGCUUGUAGACGGGACAGUUUAAAGAGUCAGGAAGAAAGGAAUAACUUGAUGCUUCAGUACAGGAAUGAAUUUAACUUUUUUUUUAUCCUGUAAAAAAAGAAAAAGGGUCCGUUUCUGACCCUGGUUGUGGCAUCUCUCCAGUUUGUCUAUUGACACCUCAGCCUUAGUAAUUUGUAUAUUUGGGUACUCAAUACAGUCACUGCAGACUCAUUCCGAUUUUUAGAUCGAUCUCGAUGAUGUUUAAAUAGAUAAUUGACAGCCUAGUCUUGGCCAACUUUGUUAUUGGCAUAUCACAGUAUUAUUAUUAUCCAAUGGGACCAAUAAAUCAUGCAUUCAGAUCGUUCAAAAUGGUUCUCAACAUUUUACUUGCGGUCCAAAGAGCCUUAUUAACAAGUGCUGUAAACGCACAUCCCGUUUUAUGUCGAGUAGUUUUAGUUUAAUAAAGUCUGCUGUUUGAAAGACUUAAAAAAAAAACAAGUUCUUUUUCUUUUCCAAGUUUUCUAAUGUUUGUACUGUAGUAACGUUUAGGCUUGUAUAUAAAUCUAAAACGUCAGACGCGCAUGCAAAACUGUACUCAAGAGUUCCAACUUCGACCGCAGCGAUCAGUUUUAAUUGAUGUUUUUAGUGAAAAGCAUGUAACACCAAUUUUAUCUGCAUUUGUGAACAGGAGAGUAUUUGUGUUAUUUGUAUGCAUGUCGUGUGUGGUUGAGAUCAGUUACAACCCUGGUUAUAGAUGUUGUGAUGCAUUGUUUGCAUAAUUGCAGAAAGUGGGCUAAUUACUUUUUGUUGUCGAAGAACUAGAGCUUUGAUUCAAGGCUUGUAUGAGAGUCUUUAACUCUGGGUUGUACACAUGAGCAUCAUCAAGUUACAGAAUUGCCUUAUACACACUGAAGUAAUGCUGUGUGGCUUUGUCUUUCUUUUAAUUAAUCUUGCUUACUUCUGAAAUGAACACCUGCUGAAAGUUUAAUCCUAUGGUUUUCCCAUUCACCUAAUUUAUAAAAUAACAAAGCAGUAGUAGUGGUUUAUCUUGACUGCUUCUAUCAUUAAAAAGUAUGCUUCUGACUUGAAGAGCUUCAACGCACCCAUUACUUUUCUAAUAGCCCCUCAUGUUGUUCAUUCGUUUAUAACACUGCCCUGAACAUUAACAAUAUCACCACCUGUCAUGCUUUUAUUGAGCAAGCUGAAGCCACAGAGCUCCCCUAUGUUUCUAAACAUCAAUGCCUCACCACAGUGCAUUCAAUUCUGCUAUAGUAAACAUAUUUGAAUGUUUGUUGUUAGGUUUUUAUUCGUUAACUGCUGGUUUUGUAAAAAUUGAAAAGGCAGAUCAAACCUGCAUUUUUUGAUUAAUGCAUAUUUUAUGUUUCAUUUUAAACCUCUGACAUAACAUUUCUGUAUCACAAAUAUAUAUCACGUGGUCAGGUGCCAAAAAUAUGGAAGCAGUAUUGUAUAAAUUUAUACUGUACAAUUGUUAUUUGUUUGUAAUUGUUGCAUUUUUGUAGAUUUUGUAUGGUAAUCUGUAUUUUGUGACUGUAGAUUUGAGGCAUAGACAUUUGUUUUGGUUAUAAGCAGAAAUUAAAUAUGAAGAGAA